AUGGCGGCCGCGCAGGUGGCAGAUGAUGUUGCCGAAGAUGUUGACGAAUUAGUGGUCAGGUCUGACAUAAGGAACCUUGCCAUCAUUGCACAUGUGGACCAUGGCAAGACAACACUGGUGGAUGCCAUGUUGCAACAGUCACGCGUCUUCCGAGACAACCAAAGCGUCGAGGAACGCAUCAUGGACUCGAAUGACUUGGAGCGUGAGCGCGGCAUCACCAUCCUGUCAAAGAACACAGCCAUUAGGUACCAAGACUGCAAAAUCAAUAUCAUUGACACACCAGGACAUGCCGACUUUGGAGGAGAAGUUGAGAGGAUUCUCAACAUGGCCGAUGGUGUGCUGCUCCUUGUCGAUGCAGUGGAGGGGCCCAUGCCCCAGACACGCUUCGUACUGCGAAAGGCGCUGGAACUUGACAAGAAGGUCAUAGUUGUUGUGAACAAGAUCGACCGGGAAGCAGCCAGGCCAGAUUAUGUUGUGGAUGCUACAUUUGAGCUGUUCUUGGAACUGGGCGCCAACGAUGCUCAGUGUGACUUCCCCGUGGUGUACGCCUCAGGGUUUCAAGGAGUUGCAGGGAUGAAGGCAGAUGACCUGGAAGAUAGCCUUGAGCCCCUGUUCGAAACGAUUAUGAAGGAGAUCGACCCACCAAGUGUACAGGCAGCAUCUCCACUUCAGAUGCUUGUGACGAACAUCGACUUCAAAGAACACAAGGGACGAAUGGCGAUCGGAAGGGUGCAGGCUGGUACGAUCAAGCAAGGGAGCCAGAUUGCCAUCUGCAAGGAGGACGAUGAGUCAGCAUGCAGGACUGGGAGAGUUGUGGAGCUCCUUGUUUAUGACAGCUUCAAAGAGGUUCCUGUGGAUGAGGUGCAAGCCGGUGACAUUUGUGCUGUCGCUGGUCUCCCUGAUGUCAAGAUCGGCGAGACCAUAACACACACAGAUGCCCCCAACCCGCUGCCCACGAUUACUGUAGAGGAGCCGACUGUCACCAUGUCAUUCAUGGUGAACACGAGUCCCUUUGCAGGGCGAGAGGGCAAGUUUGUGACCACAAGAAACAUCAAGGAACGCCUGGAGAGGGAGUUGGAGAGGAACUUGGCGUUGAAGGUGACUCCUGGCGCCACGCCUGAUGUGUUCAUGGUCAGCGGGCGCGGAGGCCUGCACCUGAGCAUCCUGAUCGAGACCAUGAGGAGGGAGGGAUACGAGAUCGCUGUGGGACCGAUCACGGUCAUCACCAAAACCAUUGAUGGGAAAACGUACGAGCCAUUUGAGGAAGCGCUUGUGGAGGUCCCUGAGGAGCACAUGGGGUCAGUGGUGGAACUGUUUGGCCGCAGGAAAGGCCGCAUGCUGGACAUGUCCGCAGGCCUUGGUGCAACGCAGGUUUUGAAGUAUGUGAUCCCAACUCGGGGGCUGUUGGGGAUGAGGUCCCAGCUUCUGACUGCAACCAAGGGCACAGCAGUUCUCAACACCAACGUGGCAGGCUAUGAGCCCUCAUGUGGCGAAAUCUCAACGCGCGAUAAUGGUUCUCUUGUUGCACACGAAACGGGAACGGCCACGGCCUAUGCUCUGGAGUCAUGUCAGGAGAGGGGCAUCAUGUUCGUCAAGCCUGGUGACAGCGUGUAUGAAGGGCAGGUUGUGGGCAUGAACAACCGGGGUCAAGACAUGCGCAUCAAUGUGUGCAAGAAGAAGCAGCUCACAAAUAUGCGCACAGCCAACAAAGACCAGACGGUGGUGCUGGACAGGGCGAAGGACAUGAACCUGGAGGCAGCCUUGGAGUACAUCACAACCAGCGAGCUUGUGGAGGUAACACCGAAGGCCAUCAGGAUACGGAUGGCACCCGGAAAGAUUCCCAAGGUUUGA